AAAAAAAAAAAGUUUCCCGCGCCAUUCGGUUUAACAAGAAUAUAAAAGGGUGUAACUGCAACCAAUCCAAAAAGAAUUAUCUGUAUUCACAAUCACAAGUAAACUUUUUUUUCCCGCCGAGAUUCUUUCUGCACAUGGUAUUCUGAAGUUUUCUCCAAGAAUCUUUCUAGAACAGGGUUUAGUUGAAUUUCUGUAAACUUUGCAAGAAUGGAAGACGGUGAAAAUCGGGAUAACGAGAAUCAAUCAGGGGUUUUUGUUAAUCAAGAUCAGCUGUAUCCCAAACUAUUUGAUAAUGGAGUUUUGCACCUGCUGAUUGAAGACAACGAUUGGCCACACGAGCAUGUGCAGACUCAGGACCUCGUUCCCGAUAAUAACCCGGUCAAGUUCGAUGUCGUCGACACCGUUAUACCGGAGAAUAUUCCUUCGUUUGUACCGGAGAAUAUUCCUUCGUCUGUUGGUGGUGGUGGUGGUCUCGAAACCACUGUGAUGCUUGAUCUUAAAACCCUCACUCCUGCAGAUAAUAAUCCUGUUAAUGUUCCUAAUUUGGGGGAUAAUACUCGGCGAAUUAUGAUGUCGUUAAUUCGGGAUUAUAGAAAAGUUAUCGACGGUCUCAAUUCUCUGUUGAAAACGUUGACUCUUGACCAAGAUGACACGAUAGCUUCUCUCUCUGACGAUUCUGUUUUUGUUGCUGAUUCUCAGCCGGCGGAUUUAGUACAGCCUACCUCUUUCGCGGGCGCGUUUGAUAAUGGCGGUGCCGCUAUGCGAAGAGGUGCUUUUUCUGAUGACAAUGCUAAUAGCCGUGCUGGAAAUUCUGCUGGAGAGGUUCCAAUUGUCGAUGACAAAGUUUUGCUUGCUGAAAUCGAGAAAUUGGGGAAUCUUUUGAAUGAAGUGGAGAAAUCUAUGCAUGCGUUCGUUGGUCGGCAUGGACAGCUUAGCUCCAAAGUCGAUAACGCUGUGGUGAGUACAUUUUUUGCUGCUUAGUUGGUGAUAUCAUUUUUUUUUACCGUAUAUUGAGUUGUAUAAAAUCGAAACGAAUUUUUUUU